AUGGCGACGGCGGCAGCGAAAGAAAGUUACUUCCACCCGUACUUCGACGAUGCGACUGCGGAUGUCCUGCUCCAGUCCUCUGAAGGCACACUAUACCGUGUCCAUAGCUUCAUCUUGCGAAACACGUCCGGAUUCUUUCGGACCAUGCUCUCGCUUCCCCAGCCCAUCCAAGACGAUAUCAAGCCCUCGAGGAAGCAGCAAGAAAUACACACUGGCGAUUCCGACAGCGUUAUGGAGCGCGUUUUGCGAAUGAUGUGUGGCCUUGAAAUUCCGCGUUGGGAGUCUUUUGACGAGUUCGAGGCUGUUCUGGAGCUCAUUGAGAAAUGGGACACUCCUGGUCCGUUAUCCUUUGCACGCACUGCGCUGCCAUCACCCAUGUUCUCGGACGAGCCAUUGCGAGUCUAUAUCCUUGCCACCCGAUUCGGAUGGCAAGAGGAGACUGCAUCUGCGUUGGUCCAAACCCUGAAGUUGGACCUCCUAAGCGGAGAGUUCGACGCGAUGCUAUGUCGGCUCUCGUCAAGGAGCCUGCUGCAACUUGUUACCUUCCAUGACCGAUGCAAAGCCAGAUUUCGGAUGUCCCUCGAUGGCACUGACCUGUUCGCUGCAGGGAAUGAGGAGCCGCGAGAGUGUUCAUGCGGAAAGCGACGCGACAACUACCCGUGGCGAAUUCUGAAAGCCAAGAUCAUCUCGGAGUUCAAUCGUCGACCUCUAGGGGACCGGAUUCUCGUUGAUAUGGCAGGCUGGCCUGAAUCUGCAGCAUGCUGGCGAGCCAAAUGCCACUGCGGCAACAUGUACUACGACCAAGUAUCGACCGUGGCAAAUAUCAAAGCCUGCAUAACGGCCGCGUCCCAGAAAGCAUCAGAAGGACUUUGA